UAAGAUGAUUGAAUUUGAAAUUAGGUUUGAUCAACAAAUUAAGAAUUAUUUUGAAUUUGGUAAUGUGUAUGUAUGUACGUCAUUCUUUUUUUAUUUUAUCAAAUUUAAAUGUCCAUGAUAAUAUCGGCGAAAUUUGGUCGUUUUUUAAAUUUCUUAAAGAAGUCUUAUCGUUUUGGUUAAAUACUUUUCUUUUCUUUUCUUUUUUUUUUUCAUUUCACUGUAUACAAAAGACUUUCACUAAUACACAAAUACAUACAUAUGUACAUGCCAUUGAUUUAUGAAACGACGAUUGAGGGAGUUGGAAACUUUCACUUUAAACAGUAAAGAACCGAGUUCUCGAUUACGUAAAAAACAUUUUGGAAAUAAAAAUUUUUCUCUCGUGCAAACACCUGCAGGCCAUUCUUUUUCAUUAUCUCUUGUAUUCUUUUUUUUUGUUUUUUUUUUUUUCAUUCUCCUUUAUUUCUUUUUCUUAUAUAAACGAAGUAAACCUAUAAAAAGUGGCUUUUUCUUUCUUUUCUCAUUUUUUUUUUUUAUAUUUUAAACUUUAUGAUUCGUUUCACUUUUCAAAUGGAAUUUUUAUGAUACGGUACUAUAAAAAAAAGAACAAAAAAAAAAAAGAAAAAAAAAGGAAAUAAAAAUAAAAAUAAAAAAAGAAGGAAUAAACAAAGAGAAAAAAAUAUUCAAACGAUCAUUAUUAAAGGGCCUACGUUAUACUUUCCUUAUCAACUUUUAAACUGGUAACGAUGAGCAAAUGUAUACGUAGCGAUUAAAAUUUUUUGAGAAUAAUCUCAUCAUUUUCGUUUCUUUUGAUAAAUAAGACUAAUAAAUUUUGUACAAAAUGAAACGAGGUAUACGGUAAGCGAUACACGUUGCGGCAUUCUUUUACGCGUAUUGCUCGUUUUCACUGUACGGAUUUCAACGUCAAAAGGAAACUCCUGGAGAAAUCUUUAAUUUAUACGAAAGAUCACGAAUUCGCGGUUUUGGAUAUGCAAUCGCGUCUCCGUUUUCUUAUUGUCAUUUCUAUACGUAUAUUUGUUAGGCGUCAUCUAGAAUGCGAAAUACUCUAUGAAAGUUUAUCAUGGUUAUUCAAACUGAACGUGACCUUUUCAAAUGAUUCCUUGACCAUAUAUUUCAUUAAGAAUAACAAGGAAAAAAAAAGAAAAAGAGAGAGGGAGAGAGAGAGAGAGAGAGAGAGAGAGAGAAAGAAAAGAAAAAAAAUCUUUCUUUCAUUGAUUUUGAUAAUCAGAAAAAAUUCUUAAUUCAAAUUUGGGCAUUUGCGUCAUUCAAUUAAAUAAAUUCCAUCGUUAGAUUAAAGAGGGAAUUACCGAUAACAGUUCUCGACAUUAUUCGCCUGCGAUAUAUAUGUGUAUGUAUGUAUGUAUAUAUAUAUAUAUACGUAUAUGUAUAUGUUUAUCGUUUCCUUGUGCUCAUUAAACAAGAAAAAAAAACGAGUACAACGAUUCGAAGGGAAUGAAAAGAAGCAAAAGAAAAAAAAAAAAAAGAAAAAAAGAAAAGAAAGGAAAGAGAGAAAAGAAAAAAAGAAGAGAAGGAAAACAGAGAAUUUUUAUGAUGAGUCAGCAGUUCGACCUUGAUUUUAUGAUACCUAUAGUAAAUAUAUAUUUUGAAGAUGGUGUUAUUUCUUUUUCUUUUUUGCAUGAGAAGUUUCUGUUUAUGUCUUUGUCAAACAUUCCUUAUUCCUCUCUCUCCUUCUAAUUUCUUUCUCUCUCUCUCUCUCUCUCUCUCUCUCUCUCUCUCUCUCUCGAUUUUAUUAAACGAGAACGCGAAUGGAUGAGGUAGAAGGGAGAUAGAGGUGACACAGAGAAGACAAAACGGUAUUCAAUGGUGUAAGCUUUCUGACGAAGGAAGUAACUCGAAGGAAGAAGGUAGUACGAUCAGUAGUAGUCUUGAAACAGUUCGCGCGAAUAAGACUACGGAUACGACAAAAAAAAAAAAAAAAAAAAAGAAAAGGAAAAAAAAAAAAAAAAAAAAUGUUCGUUAAGAAAUCAACGUUAUUGCAAUCGAUUGCAAUUAUAACGAUAUUGUCGAUAAAAAUUAUUUCGUUGGAUGGUAAAAGACCGCGGGGACCUAUCGAGGAAGCUAUACAGAAUGGUGCAGUGACCGAUUAUAUACAGGAGAAUUGUAUUUGGAGACGUGGAAACGACAGGGACUCCUGUCCGGAUCCUGAAGUUCGUGUUUAUUUAUAUACACCAGGAAAUAAUCGCAGGGAACUCGAUUCGAGGGAAUCAGAUUGGCUUAGACACGAUUAUGAUGCCACAAGGGAGAAUAUCAUUCUUAUUCAUGGCUAUGCAGGUGGCGAUAAUACAUUGCCAAUUGCGGUGCUACGUGAUGCCUAUUUGACGAAUAGUAGUUACAAUGUCUUCUUGGUUGAUUGGGGCGCACUGGCUGCGGCACCUUGUUAUCCAGCAGCGGUAUCGAAUCUUCAUCCAGUCGCUCGUUGCUUAUCAAGGACUUUAACGAGUUUAAGAAAUCUCGGUUUACCCAUUCAACGUACAACAUGCGUCGGACAUUCCUUAGGAGCUCACAUAUGCGGUAUAAUGGCAAAUUAUCUUUUAUUUCGAAUGAAUCGAAUAAUUGGUUUGGAUCCAGCCAAGCCACUUAUUCGUCCAGGUCGAGUAAAUCGAUUGGACAGUGGCGAUGCUGAUUUCGUUGAAGUGAUGCAUACAAAUGCAGGUUAUUAUGGUGAAUCCAUGCGUAUGGGUCAUGCUGAUUUUUGUGUUAACGGUGGCAAGAUUCAACCAUUUUGCGAUGGUAGAUCGAACGAUCAGCUUUGCAGUCACGUUUGGGCUGUAUGCUUUAUGGCACUUAGUCUUAACAACGAUGGUCGAAGUACGAUAGCCGAAUCAUGCUCACGUAGGUGUCCUUCCGGGCCAAAAAUCGCACAGAGAGCUGGUGUCUACGUUCCAAUGGGACAACACACCCCUAAUGAGAUUAGAGGUUCUUUCUGUUUUAACAGUGUACUACCACCCUAUUGUCCAAAAUAUCAUAAUGGUCAUGGGGAUGAUAGGUGUUGUCUACCAGGUAAUAUGAGCUCUAAUUUAUCCUUUAAGAAGAAAAACAAUGUAUCUGUUAAGUCGCAAUAGCUUUCGUCAGCUUUACACACGAGGAUGGUUCAUACCAUUGGAUUUAUUUGGAUUUUAAACGUUAAAUCACCUUUCUAUUACGGAACAGGUAUAUAUAUACAUACACAUAAACAUAUAUAUAUAUAUACAUAAUAUAUAUUUCAUGUCAACAUAUAUAAAUUUUUUAAACGUAUCUGUUCAUCUGUAAGGGAAAAUUGUAUAUUAUGUAUAAAAUAACUUUAUGAUAUAAGGUAUAUUUGUAUAAGAUAUAAUAUACAGGGUGUUUCUUAAAUCAUUUCCUGACAAUAUUCAUUUUUGAUUAUACUUUUUUUUCUUCUUUCUUUUUUUUUUUUUUGUAUUUCAACAUUUUCUUUUGUAUUACAAUUCGAAUAUUGAUUGAACAUUGUUACAGGUAUUUGAUAGAAUCACUCUGUAUAAUGAAGAUUUAAAGGAACGAUAUAUAUACACACAUAUAUAUAUAUAUAUAUUAGAACUAAUUGAAUAUGCAUUGUCGUCUUGACAAUGAAUCGAUGUCAACCGGGACUCGAGAAGAAGCCGUAACGCAUACGGUACGUAGAGCGCUGAGCGUUUUGCGAUUCCGGUGUUCGAUUGAGUAUUCAGACGAUGUACUGGAAAAAUCUUAUGUUGGUAGAGUAACCACGUGUCCCAAUACCGUUAGACGUUCCACUAAACUGUUUAUAUAAAUAGGCAUAUCUGAAAUAAUUUUAUUCGAUAUUUCGAUCGAGUUAUACAUUUCUUUUCUUUUUCUUUUUUUUCUUCUUCUUCUUUUUUUUUUUUCUUCGAAUAUUUAUACAG